AUUCGUCAUCGUAGCUUAACUCAAACCCUAGCUCCUCUCUCUCAGUCUCUCACAGACUCGCGCUCACUCGGUGGCAGAGACGAGAUGUCGCAUUUCGGGAAAUCAGGACCUCCAGACAUCAGAGACACCUACUCCCUCCUCGUCCUUAAUAUCACUUUCCGCACCACCGCGGACGACCUCUUUCCUCUCUUCGACAAGUACGGGAAGGUCGUCGAUGUCUUCAUUCCCCGGGACCGAAGGACUGGUGACUCGAGAGGUUUUGCUUUCGUUCGAUACAAGUAUGCGGACGAGGCACAAAAGGCUGUGGAAAAGCUUGAUGGAAGAGUUGUGGAUGGAAGAGAGAUUAUGGUUCAAUUCGCCAAGUACGGUCCAAAUGCUGAGCGAAUUCAGAAAGGGAGGAUAGUGGAGACAACUUCAAAAGAGGGAGGCAGGUCAAGAAGCCGCAGUCCUCGUCCAAGGUCAGGAUCAUUUUGAAGAAUAUGCCUGUUU